CCUUUUCCUUUGUUAGAAACUUAAGCGCUCCUGGGGAAGAGAUGGCUUCACAUGGCGGAGGAAAAGCUGGAGGUGUAGAGGUGGAGAUGUAGGUGGAGGGGCAAGGAGACAUGGUUUAGUAAUACACACACACACUCACGCGCGCGCACACGGAUAGAGUGUGGCGAGGAGACACAGAGGACAUAAACGUGACGAGGCAGCCUAAGAGCUGUUAUGCAACCGCUGACCUACUAACACAUAUUUCUAGAAAGGGAGCCGGAGAAACUAGAGCAAAGAGUCCGACGGCACACAACACACAGGCAGCAGAGCCAAGAGAGACCCGCACCGCCUUCACCCGAACCACACGGACCACGACAACUACCGACCACAGCGGCACCGACAGGGAAAAACGGAGAAGAGGAAGAAAGUUUUGUCAUUUUUCCCCCGUUUUUUUUGGGAGGUUUCUUCUGAAAGGACAGGGAGCGGAGGAAACGGGAGCGAGCCAGCUUUUGUGUCGGGGAAGCCAGAAUCUUUUUUUCUCUCCUCCUCCUUCAGGACAAAGGUAGUGGUCAGCAGACAGCACGACCGACUCUUCGCCCUCAGGGAGCCCUGAAGUACACAGCUUGACCUAUAUCCUGUGUAAGACACUGAGAAUAACACAACAAGAGGCCUGGCAGACAUCACAGUUCUGCUGAAGACUGAGGAGACGCCAAAACACUCAAAAUCACCUCGAGCAAGUCUCCAAAAAAGUCCUUUGAACAUUGCAUCAAGUCAACUGGACGACACUCAGCUUAGAAUCUCAAGUUGUGGAUUUUUUUAGGCUAUCCGCACACAACACAAGUUCAAUGGUUUUUGUGGAAUUCCACCUCUUUUUAAUCUUCCUUGCUAAUUUAGACACUUGAAUGUUUUGAUUCUGAAAAGCAACGCAACAGAAAUCAAUGAGGCUUUUCCUUCAAGGAGCACAAAUACCUCAUCCAGAAAUUUUUGCUGAUCCUGCGACAUAGGUCACACUGCUUACCAACAAAGCGGAAGGCUCUUACUGUAUUGUUCUACAUCUUUUCCCUCCCCCUUUGCCCUUUGCUAGAGUCACACUCUGGCCCCCAGCUGGGAAAAACCAUGGAAAGUCUCAGUCUGCACCUCUCAUCCACCAGCAACAAAAAUAACAUGGAGAUAGACAAUUUUUCUUCCUACAGUGGAAGCAUCCCGUCCCCUGGUCCUGACGAUGGAGCACGAAUCAGCCGCCAGGGUAAAGGUAGCAAGUCUAAUGUGACUUCCCGUCGCAAGAGAGAGUUCAUUUCUGACGAGAAGAAAGAUGCUUCCUAUUGGGAAAAACGGAGGAAGAACAAUGAAGCAGCCAAGCGCUCAAGGGAGAAGCGUCGCCUUAAUGACAUGGUGCUAGAGAACCGGGUCAUGGCACUGAAUGAGGAGAAUGUUCGUCUGAAGACAGAACUCCUUCAGCUCAAGUUGCGUUUUGGCCUCAUCAGCACAGCCUCCUACAUGGAGAAAAGCCAGCAGAUCUCCAACAGUGCUGCUGCAGCUUGCAACACUGGUAGCAAUGGUAGCAGCACCCCAAAUGGUAACACCUACCUCUCAAGCAGUGGAUAUUCCAGUGCAUCCCAGGUGAUGCUGAAUUCUGAUUCGUCUGAACCUGAACAGUUGAGCCAUGGUGAACGCCACACCAACCUCCACAACUACUCUCCCCGGGGCUCCAUCUCAGAUUUGUCUGACGCCUCCUCCAGGGACAGCCCAGAACCGAUGGACUACAAGGUAAAGAAGGAGCCCUCGUGUAUGGAGAUGGCUCAGCUAGAAAGCAACGGGAUUCCCGAUGGGCUUGCUAAUGGGAUACCAAAUGGAAUGCCAACUGGGGCUUACCAUGACAACCACAGUCCUCUGGUUUCCCCUCACCAGCAGAGCACUCCAAUGCCUGAAAGUGCCAUGGACUACCAACACCACCAAAGGCAGCAACAGUGCCACAUGGAGGCAUCCAGUCCGGCCCCUCAGGCCACCUCUGCUCAGCGGAGCGUCAUCUUGUACCGCUCCAGCAGUGGUUGUUACCCUAUGGAAAGCCAGAGGUCAGAGGACCAGCAGGUCCAGCAGAGCAGACCGACUCAGAAUUGCCAGAAGACCCCAGCCUCCAAGUUCUCUGAUUGUUCACAGACCAUCACAGAGGUCGCAGAGAAGCUGGAGAGGACAAAGACCUUGGAUUCACCUCAGUAUGAAUAUGCCGAUGGUUAUGACGAGUCUGUAGAGGAGAUGCAGCAAAGGUACAAUCCCAAUGAUCAGCAGCAGCAUGACACCCGUCAUCAUUACUGCUACCAGGUUCAGGAGAACCGUUCUGAGCAUUCAGAAAGCCACCAGAACCCCUUCGCCCCUGAUCUGAUCCACAAUACUGAGGAGGGCAAGUCCUCCUUUGCGCAGCACAAUGGCUACCUCAACACACUCGAUGAAGAGCCCCCAGUCCUCACCUAUGAGGGAGGACCUCAAGCGAGUGGCUUCUACCAGGAGACCUCCUCGAAAGACACUUCCUCCAGUGAUGGGGACCCCCGUAGCUCUGCCAAGGAGGGUUCCACAGAUGAUGAAUCCCCCUCCUCAUCCUCCUCAGAC